GCAUUGCACAGGCGCCGAGAGAGUGAGCGUGAGAGCCCUCGCGGAUUGCUGAUCGGAGGGCGUGUCCCAUUGCGCUUCUCUCACGGGCAUUUACAUCACCAACGCCGGGAUUGAUUGGCAAUGCCGUUCAGCAUUGCUCGUGAUCUCCUCAUCAAGCUCAGAUUGGCCGAUUCUUCCAACUCAACCACGCGCUCUGCAGCAAGAGCUCGUUAGGUUUGUUCCUCAACGAAGGUUGAUCGAGCAUUGCGGUGCGGCAUUGAGCAUUGUUUUGUUUUGGGUCUGUUGAUGACGUUGAGAUCGUGUUGUUUUGGGUCGAGUGGGAGAGGGAUGAUGUGGAGAAUUUAGUGGGUCGGUUCUGGGUUUUAGAGUGUUGGGGUGUUGCAUUGAGGAGAGAGAAAAGAUGAGUGGGGCGAGGCUGUGCUCUACUUUGGCCCACUUGGGGUUCGAGGGAUGGCAGCUCCUGGACCCCGACAGCUUCGAGUGGCCGUUUCAGUAUGAGGAGACUCGACCCCUGCUGGACUUCCUGUGCACUAAUCUCCGGCCUUCGAACGUGCUCUCGCUUCCCGAGCUUUUGCAAUAUAAUGAGCUGAAGGCUGAGGGUAAACUUCUUGAGGGGGAAGAUCUUGACUUUGCUUAUGGGAGUAUAUCGGCGUUUGCAAGCAGGCGUACGAACCAGGAAGCGAUACUGGGAGCUGAAGAAUCCAUCAAAGAAAUCAAAGAGGCAACUGCAUCCUACAAAGCAGAAGCUUUAGCACUCCAGAAACGGCUGCAGAGACUACAGUCGCAACUUGAAUUGUUAGGAGGCCAGACCUCGUCUCUUAUACAGGGCCGGAGAGGAAGAACUGCUGCAGCAGCUUCAGCCGCUGGGAAUCUCUCAAUGAUCGAAGAGAAGUUAGUGGGAAGGAAUUCAGAGAUGAAUACUGUUUUGGAGAAGCUGUCUUCGUCUGCCCGUGAACUCUCAUAUUACCAUUCUGGAGAAGAGGACGGAAUAUACAUAUCUUUCGCUGAUUUGCGCCCAUACACUAGUCAAGACCAAGCAUGUACUAAAGUUCUUAGCGAGUGGUUCUCCAAACAAUUUGAUGUGGGUCCUUCCCGGCUUGUGGCUGAAGAAGGAAAAUCGAAAUGUGCCUGGGUGACUCUUGAUGACGUGACCAAUCGUUUCAUAAGAGGGGACUCGGAGAGAACCUAUCAUCGACGAGUUGUAGAGCUUCAACGCCUCAGAUCUAUAUUUGGUGUAAGUGAGAGGCAGUGGGUUGAAGCCCAUGCGGAGAAGGCUAAACAACAAGCUCUGCUUCUAACAGCACAGCUUCAAUCUUCUGCCGAUCAAGCGCAUGUGCACUCUGAUCUUCAAACUCUUAGGCGUAGGUACACAGAUGUUGGAAGUGAACUUUAUACCCUCAUUCAAAAGGAAGAAAAAUUGUUGACUGAGGUUGUUCCUAAUCUCUGUUGGGAGCUUGCCCAACUCCAAGAUACUUAUAUUCUUCAAGGUGAUUAUGACCUGAAGGUAAUGCGGCAGGAAUACUACAUCUCACAGCAGAAAAAGUUUAUAGGCUUUUUGGUGGAUCAACUGGCAAGGCAUCGAUUUCUUCAAGUUGCCUGUCAUCUGGAAAGAAAAACAACGAAUGGUGCCUACGAGUUGUUACGUCUUGUGGAUGCAGAAUUGCAGGCUUAUACUUCUAACACUCUAGGUCGCAUUGAGAGAUGUGUAGGAUUAGCAUUGGCAGCGACCGAGGCUCAAGAACAUGGAGGUGUUGAUGAUCGUGACACAUUCCUUCAUCGUGUGCGCGACCUUCUCAAUAUCCAUACAUAUGAGCAAGGGGGAUUGCCACAGUAUGUGUCAGCACCAGGUCUUGUGCAGCAGAUAAACCAAGUGCAAGUGGAGCUUGAAACUUUGCGCGAUGAAAUGCAUCACUCUUUGCUCCAAGACAAACAUAAGUGCAUCAAUGACCUGUGUCAUGUUAUUCACAAGAUGCAGCAGCUCUUGUUUGCGUCGUCAACUACCGCUCAACCAAUUCUGAGUCCUUGGGUAUGCAUCCACCAUUCAAUUCCAGAUCUGCCCCUCAUGAAGGAGCUUGGUGAAAUGGAGAAAGUAAAUUCACAGCUUUCUUCAGCUAUUGAAGAAGUCACUCGUGAGCACCGUGAAAAGGCAGAGAUUGUGAAGCACCACCCGCAUGAAGUUGGGCGGGAAAGACAGGUCUUUGUGGACUUUUUCUGUGCACCUGACCGCUUACGAACCCAAGUGCGAGAGCUUUCAGCCAGAGUCAUGGCUCUGCAAACCUAGCAUUGUGUUUAUUUUCCAUAGACUUUGUACAACAUCAGAUCUAAGUUGAAUUUUUCUUUCGCUGCUCCAUUACUCAAUGUAUUGAUUAGUUGCUAGUGAUUCGAUGAUGCUUUCUUAUUCAAUGAUCCUGUCGUUCGAUGUAUUUCGACCAGCUAGUCCCUUGUUUCUACAUAAUCAUAUGAAUAUUGUUGGUGGUUUCUAUCAACAUGCGGAAGCAAGUGGCCCCCAA